UCGUAUGGAUGAUAAACACUGAUCGCUUGGCGCAUCCUACAACGGCGAUCGAAAUGUUUUGUAAUAAAUUCUUCACGAAGGUAAUUUUCGCUGGUCAUUUGUACCAUGAAAGCAGGAACGUAAAAUCAUUAUCGAUACGCUUGCAGAUGAUGAUAACCUGAAACCCUGUCGAUCUAUCUGUUGCGCUAUCGUGACGAUAAGUUAAGGUUAUAUUUAUGUCUGCGGGGGCCGCGAUCACGAGGCAACACAAUUGAUAGUGACUGCAUUUUGAAAUCAGCACAGUCAUGAAGUCGCUGCGUGUGUUUCAUAAUUUCAAGCUGGACAUUCUUGACGAGAAUUGGAUCAAAUCUGUCUGGGAUACUGAGUUCGUCAUCUAUGACGAGCCGCCUGACGAGUGUCUCGAGUACCUGGAGAGCGACGAUGUGAAGCGGCUGCUGCACGAGUCUCGCAUCGAGUUGAAGGCAUGGCUUGUCGCGAACGAGCACGAGACUCCCGAAUUCUCGUGGCAGGCCUUGAUGAUGCUGAACAUCAAUAUGCGUGGUUUGCUUGCCAUGCUGGGUUACAUAAUGAAGACAGGCCAGCAAGAGACAGAUAAAGACUCUAGGCAGGCCUGUCUGGAAGCUACAAGUUUGUAUCUUAUGUUCCUCACGAUACCUGGCAGCAACGCAUUCAGAGUUUAUCAUCCGAACUUGUACCAGAGAGCGAUUGAGACAUUGAAAAUGUCAGAGAGCUUAUUCUCCUCCGUUAAAAACAAUAAAGGGAUAAAUAUAACAAAUUCGAGUAUCGACGAUGAAUUGUCGUUCUGUUCCAGUCUGUUGCAUUCCGAGAGAUCGAGACUCAUGCGAGGAUUAGACAGGAUUAUUUCUGAUCUCAUUACAAUGUUAAAAUCAUUUCGCUUUAAAGAACAUGCCGAGUCCUUGGAUGUUACAAUACGCAUAUUGUUAAAUAUCACAAGACAAGAAAUGUAUAUCAAGUCUCACGACAAUUCUGGAAUAACAUCUUUAUCUCAGAAUGCAUUUGCAGCUCUGCAAGAGCUAUGCAGUAACAAUCAUGGUACUGUAGGUUUAACUAUAACAUUAAUAGCGCAAUACAUGUUGCCUGAUCUGUUAUUUCACCACGUAAAUGCCCAACCGAAGUCUAUAACCAUUGUACACGAAGCAGCCAUAUAUUUUCUAAAAAAUUUAUUAACGAUUCAUGAGCAGGAAACCAUGCAGGGAAUCGUCACUUUAAUACAUCAAUUAAUGGUAAACUGUCCAGAAAGAUUAGAAGGCCGUCAAAAGCAAGCGGGUGUUGUAAUAAAACUGUUGAAUAUAUGUAACGAAGUUAUGAUUCUCGGUAUUUUUAGAGACAUAGUAUUAUUCUCACAUAAUAAUAAGAUAUCUUGUAGAUUAUUCGCGCAGGAAAUUGUAGGAAAGCUCUUGACAGAAUCUUCUCUAUUAAACAACAAUUUAAAUAGAAAUGUCAAGAUGAAAAUCAGAAGGAUUUCGAUAGCCAUUGUAAUGUCUCGCUGUAUAGAUCGCUCUGCUUUAGUGAGAGGAAGAGCUAUGGCCACGCUUGCUUCAUUCUCUGAUUGCAACGAUGACGCCGACAAGGCGAUUUUUAAAAGUAUAUUCGAAGCUUCAGCCUCAUCAAAUAAAACGUUUCCCAUGCUUGAUGACUUAAAAGAAGCAUUGUUAGAGGACGUUGAUCUGCUACCAGGAUCGGCCGCUUUAAUUGCAAUGUUGCUGGACAGAAUCAGCGAUGAGCGCGCACUGGUGCGACGAAGUGCUUUGAAGAUCUCGAGAAAUCUAUCCAUCAUGUUCCCAUCGCUAGUAAGUAAAAUGAUGCAUGUAAUAAGCGAUCGUUGCAGAGAUUCCACCUUGACUGUGCGCCAAUUUGCCGUGCAUGUUCUAUCCGAGAUUCUGCAGGAGUUUCCUCACAAUUCAAGUCUUCUCGACGAAUGGAUACAGGCUGUUGUACCGCAGAUAUAUGACAUCGAGGUAAAAGUACAAGAUAAGGUAUUGGAAUGUCUGGGAAACGUGUUGAUAAAUAGAAUGACGAGCGUCACUAAGUAUAUUCCGAAUGCUGCGAAUAGUUUGCCGUGGAGGAUUCUGGAUAGAUUGAGUAAUCUGAGAAUGAGGAAACAUUUGUCGAAAGCUUGCAGCUUGUGGGUAAAGAACGGCGUUAUUACCAAGUCUAUGAUAUCGAAUUUGCAAUCGCACAUCGGUACAGAUAAUACUGUAGGCGCGUGGAUAUUGUUAGCUGCUUUAGCUGAAAAUAUGAAAAUUCCGAAUAUAGAUAAAUAUAUCGCGGAUUAUAAGCAAAUUAUUCGAAAGAACGAUUUCCACGCCAGUUUAGUUUUACAUGUUUUGAGGCAUGCUUGGUCCAUCUUGAAUCAUGAUUGCCUUGAGGAUCUCUAUCAGCAUCUUUACAAAUGUAUUUGCCACUUCGAAAUCAAUUUCAACUUAAUCAGUAUCUGUCUGGAUAUUUUAAAUAGUAUUUUACGAUAUUUACAUGUCGAUCAGAGCAGUCACGUGAUAGAAUCGGAUAUGGUGGAACUAAUGAAAUUGUCGGAGAUAGAGAUUCAAGAUUUGUUAAAGGAGAACAGAAGUUGUACGCAAGACACAGUGAAAAUCAGAGCUGUAUUUACACUGAGUCACGCAUCGCUUUUCUGCACCAACAAGAUUUCGUCGUCAACUUUACGAAUUUUUGAACGAUUAUUGUUGCAAUGGGAAUCGCUACCAGAUACGAUGAAAGAAAUAAAGGAUCUACAGGCAUCCGCGGUGAUCCUUCUUUGUCAGCAAGCGCUGAGAGAUCGCGAAGUCGCGAAAAAAGUCACACCGAUACUUGGUAACAUAAUGCGUCAAGAAACGAAUUCAUUAAUAAAAACAUCGGUGAAGAUAAAUGCUGCGAAAGCGUUAGCCGAUAUCUGCGUGAGAUUUACUGCUCUUGUGGAGCCAUAUCUUCCGGACUUAUGCAUCAGCAUGAAGGAUCCGAAUCCAGCCGUACGAGAAGCUAUAGUGGUGAUAUUUAUUGAGUUAUUGCUUGAAGAUUUUAUAAAGAUGAAGGGACCAUUUUUCUUUCACAUAUUGACGAUGCUGUCGGACACAAAUAGCAUGAUACGCGAGUUAACGACCUUUCUAGUGGAAGAGAGACUUUUAAUGAAGAACAAGACUUUGAUUUCUCAGCAAUUUCUGGAGAGCAUAUAUCAUUAUAACAAUUGUCGCUCCCGGAAAGCGUACUGCGGACACAGAAUGCUCGAACAAGAAAUGAAGGUUCUAACUCUGCCUGGAAGAGCAAAUCAAGAGAAACGUAAUGUCAUUUAUGAAUUUAUGUUGGAACAUUUGGACAUGUCCGCCAAGUCUGAACUCGUUGUGAAACUGACCAAGUAUAUACUUCGCGAGUUAUGCGAUGAGAAUUCUAUCGAUGUUACGACCGAGGAAGGUGCAUGCGUCUUGAGAGAUGCAGUGUUCAUACUCAACAAUAAUCGUUUGCAACUAUCUCCUAGUGAAAGACAUAAAGAUGAUACGGAGCUCGAUGAAACAAGCUUGACUCCCUCAAGUACACCUAACAAUGUUUUGAAUGUCAUUAUAACGGCAUUGAAAAAACAUAAUUUAGAUAUUUUAUUACCUACGUUAAUCACGCUUAAGAAGAAACUAGUUACGUUGAAGGAAGGAAGGUCCUCCUUGGAGGAAGAUGUGGACAGAUUGUUAUUCAAGAUUUACUCGGAAUAUGAAAAAGAACAGCUGGUCGAUUUAUUAGAUGAAUAUCCUGAAUUAGAAAAAGAAAUGGAUUCUUAUCAACGGAGACUGAAAGAUAAAAUUAAUUCAGAAAACGAUGACAGUCAAAGCAGUUCACCCAGUAUAAGUAGCAAGGACUCAGCAGAUGUACGUAAGCGAAUACCCCGAGUUUUACUUCAGCGUAUUUCGCCCUCGACAUACACAUCUGAUAACGAGUUAAUUACAAAUCCGGUACAUCUGGAAAGAUUGUUGCUACAAACCCCACCUCCAGAGCCGAGCUUUAGUACUAGCACGCCUACAACGCAAAGUCCAAAAUCGUAUUCUAGCGAUUUUCCCGCUAAAAGAAAAAGAUCGAACGAGCGAGAAAUGUCACCGAAUAUUUCUCGUAAAGAUCUAAAGGUCAGCGAUGACUGA